AUGUCCUCUGCCAUCUUUACCCACCCGGAAGUCCCUUUCGGGCUCAAGCUACAGUUGGCCCUGGCUAUACCCCUUGCCGCUGUACGAGGAGUAAUUUCGAACGUCGGUCCCACUCGACGCUCAUGGAAGCGAGCCGUCCAUUUGUCCAUUGUGCGAGCGGUACUGAGAAAGCUCUACCGCGGCGACCCGCCCGUGGCCCUGAAACUUGUUGGAGGGUCGACUGGAGAUACCUACCGCGCGUGGGCAUCGGCGAGGGGACUCCCUAUCACCUCGGAAGAGAGCGGCGAAGGCGGACGGCUUCAUUGGAUCGGGGAGAAGCGGUUGAAGGGCAAGGUGUUACUGUUCUUCCAUGGCGGGGGAUAUGCUUUCCCUGCGGCAAACGACUGCUACAAUUGUGUGCUAGCCUUGAAACAAGAUGCCGAAGCAGCUGUGGGUGGUCUAGGCGUGGCGUUUCUCGAGUACUCGUUGAUACCGGCCGCGCCAUUUCCGGCUCAGCUUCGCCAAGCGACGGCGGCCCUGUCCCACAUCCUCUCACAAGGUGUAUCAACGGCUGACAUAGUUCUGGGCGGUGACUCUGCAGGAGGAAACCUCGCUCUCCAACUGUGUUCGCACAUUCUACACCCUUUGUCCGACCUUCCUUCCCCACCUCAGCUCUCAGCGCCGCUCGCGGGCAUAGCCCUGAUCUCUCCUUGGACGUCUUUCCACGAUCGUUAUGACUCUUUUAAGACGAAUGCAUCAGAAGACGCAGUCCCGCCGCGCGCUUUCACAUAUCUGGCCGCGACCGCAUCCAGGGGGGUCACUGAGAAGAUGCAACACCAUCUUGAGCCAGCGACCGCCCCGUCUGGAUGGUGGGCCGGUAUCAGCGACGUCGCUUCAAGAAUGGUCAUCACGAUGGGCGAUAAAGAGUGUCUCUACGACCAAGAUAUGGAGAUAGCUCAGAGCUUGAGCGCGCAUACACAAGUGGAGAAGGUCGUGCAGACCAACGGCGUGCAUGAGGACUUCAUCUUCGCAUUUGGAGCCGGGCCGCGCGAGGGUAGAGCAGGGGAUGACUACAAGGCAGUGGUGGCGUGGUUGAAGUCCGUCUUGAGUUAA